AUGGAAGUCUACGGGGAUCAAUGUCUCACUGAAGAUCCUAAGGAACAUGGUCCCAAGGUCGUGGAAUUACUACAGAACAUGGAGUUUCCCCAGCUGAACAGUGACCCGUUGAUCGACGAAGUCAUCAAGAAAUGCUGGCACAACGAGUAUAACACGAUCGUGGACUUGGCUUCAAACACUGAGACACUAUUAUCAGGCCCUUCAGACACCAAAGCCAGUAGCGCCGAAACAAGCCUCGUUUCCCGGUGGGUAAUGGCACUGGGACGCAUAACUCGAAGCUUCUGGCAUAUGCUCGGACACUGUUGGGCCGUGGUAUUCCGCUACAAUGGCCAAUCAACAACUGCCGAGGUAUCCAACGGCAGCGAACCACAGGGCUAUGGCCGCGGUGUGCAUUCAGGCAACUUAACGGAGGAUUUCCUGUGGAAACGAGCUCUCUGUCAGAGCCUGCAGCAUCGGGGCCUUCUCCAGCUCCUGUCUGCGGGAGAACCUCAACACCUGGGGUUCCCUCUCAAAUGGUAUCGACACGCUGUAUUAAGAAUUUGCAUGUAG